AUGUUCAAACUUUCCAGCCUUGUUCAAAAGGCUCAAUCUUUCAUUGAUCCAACUCAAGCGCUUAAUAUCUCACCUUGUGACUGGAAUCCUGCCAAGGCUAGCCUAUUCCGUCAUCAAUUCCGCCUCCCAGAUUCUCAAACGCCCCUCCAGGAGAUUGCAGCGGAGCUCACUAUUUCUCCUCCAGUUGUAUAUAAACCUAACGCUACACAAGGUGAAAAGGAUCGAGAUCGAAAUAGGGGUUAUCGGUACUCUGGGAGGCUGCACCUAAGUGAGGGAUAUCUUUGUUUUUCCACACAAUCAACUAGCUUCCUUCAGACUGCAAGUACAAGCAACUCCUCUAGCUUUACUGGACAGACAUACGGUGCUGGGCCCAGUGGAAAUGGGUUUACUCUGCCACUUUGCGCUAUCAGGCGUGUGGAGCGUUUGCAUAGUCAGAACUAUCAUUUUGCACUAGCUAUAACUACGUGGAAUGGUAUUAAUAAACCAAAUGCAAAUGAUACUUCAAAGACGCCAAUCACCCAACAGAAGAUGACCAUCCAGCUCAUGGGAACUCGUCAGGCUUGUGAACGAUUUUGUGAUGGUUUGAAAAAGGGCCUUAAGUCAGGCGUCAGUGAUGUGAGUAAGUUGAAACAAGUUGUAUCAGAGUGCUAUUCAGAAUAUCUUCUUCAAAAUGACGGCAAGAAAUCUGGUGAUCCCCCAGAUGCAGGACUCGGGAUGUCGUUUCGGUAUCCAGGCGACCCAAGGAAACUACGAGACCGGAGUAAAAUGCGACUGUGGCGAGAAUAUUUGCGGGAAAAUGGCCGGAAUUUCACAUCUGUCCGACAGCCCACGUUCCAUAAACUGAUCCGUGUUGGAUUGCCAGACCGACUUCGAGGAGAAAUAUGGGAGUUAACUUCAGGAUCUUUGUAUCUAAGACUAGAAAAGCCAACGCUGUUCCAUGAUACUUUAGAUAAGUUUCAGGGACAAGAUUCUCUAGCAAUCGAUGAGAUUGAAAAAGACUUAAACAGAAGUCUACCAGAAUAUGCUGGGUUUCAAAGCAACGAAGGAAUUGGGCGCUUAAGAAGGGUACUUACGGCCUACAGCUGGAUUAACGAGGAAGUUGGCUACUGUCAAGCCAUGAACAUUGUAGUUGCGGCACUACUCAUAUACAUGUCUGAGACCCAAGCUUUUUAUUUACUAUCGACCCUCUGCGAUAGACUCCUUCCCGGAUAUUACUCCAAAACAAUGUAUGGAACGCUACUAGACCAACGGGUUUUUGAGUCGCUUGUGGAAAAGACAAUGCCUGUGUUGUGGGAUCAUCUAGUCAAGUCAGAUGUACAACUUUCGGUUGUCUCGCUCCCAUGGUUCCUGUCUUUAUACAUAAACUCCAUGCCUCUAGUAUUUGCGUUUCGUGUUUUGGAUGUCUUUUUCUUAGAAGGCUCAAAGGUCCUAUUUCAAGUAGGGCUAGCCAUCCUGAGGAUUAAUGGAGAAGAUCUACUUGAUGCAACAGACGACGGAGCAUUUAUAUCUGUUUUAAAAUUAUAUUUUUCCCGGUUAGACGAAUCAGCUCAUCCAAAAUCAGAUAAUGAGAAACUUCGUGCCGUAACUCGCUUCCAAGAACUGAUGGUUGUUGCUUUCAAAGAAUUCUCUGGAAUUACGCAAGGCACGAUUUCAGAACAAAGAGUAAAGCACAAAGAUUCAGUCUUGAAUAACAUUGAAAGCUUUGCUAAACGAACUUCAAUACGAAAUCUCGGACCGGAUAGCAAGAAGCUAAGUAUUGAUGAGCUGGGUGCCCUAUACGAUAAGUUCUAUGCAAUUUUAUACGAGCGUCAGCAGAGAAGCCAAAUGAUUCAGGGCGAGAUAGAAAGGCAAAAAAAGGCUAGCACUUCAAUGACGCCAGAAGUUGUCAAUGGACUAAGAAUGACUCAUAACAUUGAAAAGGGAAGAGUUGGGCUUGGUCCAAGUCCAACGCUUAUGGAUUACGAUGGAUUUCGAGAAUUUCUUACAGUUAUAACAAAAUGGGCUAUAACUGACUCGCCGACACCUCCAUCAAAAGAUAUGUCGAUUGAAAGAAACUACUUUGGUAACAAUACUAGGCGGAAAGAUAAAUUUCUAUCCCCACAGGGAUUUAAUAACCCGGAACCUGCUGAUCAUGAGUUUAUGAGUCGUAUUUUUAAACGCUGGGAUGUCAAUGCAAAUUCAGCCUUGACUUUGCAAAAUGUCGUGACUGGACUGGCACACAUCAAAGGGAAUAACGAUAUCAUGGGUAGUAUCACUUAUUUUUUCGAGCUCUACGAUGACGAUGGCGACGGUAAAGUCGACAGAGAGGGUAUUCUACGUAUAUCGGAAGCUUUACUCUUCUUAUCACGUAGGGGUUUAGGAGAAUCUUUUACACCCGCUCGACCUCAUAUGAACUUUGGCGAAAUAGAGAGCUCAACUCAGCAAGAAACUCAAGGAAACAUAAAUGAGCGUUUCUUAAGUAGCGUCAGUGCCUUUAUCAGGCGAUGUUUCGAGUACGCCGAUCCCGAUCACCCUCAAAAUAUCGGACAGAAUUCAGAGACGCAGUGUCUUAUUGAUGAAAAGAGUUUUAUAGUUGCAAAUGACAGUGACAAAGAAGAAGACUUGCUUGAUCUAGGACUUGAUACCUCAUCUAGAGUAACGACUCCCACAGAUUCUCCACUCUCUAACUUCCCCAUGUCUGAAAAGCCUUCCAGCGCAGCAACCAACCGGAAAGCCUCUGUGGCUGCCAAUGCAGCCCUCGAUCCAGCCAAGCCACUUCACAUAACACUUCCAACUUUUCGUAUGGUCGUCCUAGCCGAUGAACUUCUAGAACAAUUUUUUGAAUACUCAUUCCCCGCUUCAUUCCGUAUCUCUGACAAGUUGAGCAGUAUUAGCGGAGCAAUUUCAUCCUCGCCCCUCACUACUUUUUCUAACAUUCGCUUCAGUCGGAGCUCUUCUGGCGCAAGCCUAGGUGGGCCUAACCCGGCUAACCAAAUACCACCAGUUAAAGGUCUUCGUGGUGUGUUAGACAAUAUAGUUACGGAUGGCAUGAGAGUUGCUUCUGAAGUGCGCUUGCGUAUGGAUGAGGCACAGCAGGAAAUAGGAGAUGGUGCUUACACUGGUUCGAAAGUUGGAGAAGAGGAUGAGGAUGAGGAUGAUGAGGAUGAUGAAAGGUACGACGGGCUCUUACGGUCGACAGAAGUCUACAGCAAGUCACAACGUCGGGGUGUCAGGAAUGAAGAUAGAGACCUGCUAGAAGGCGCAGAUGCGGAAGCCGGUAGUCCCAAAGGCUAUGAUAUGGCAAGUAUUUUGCAGGAGCCGAAUGCCCGACCUACUUCCUCCGACGGAUUGACAGCAAGGGAUUCGGGUCCGAGCUCAACCAUGUAUAAUGUAGUAGAAUUUGAGCGGUCAUGA